CCGGACGGGGCUGGCCGGGGAGGUGCCCCUCUGGCGGUGGCGGGUGUGAGGUGAUCUCUGGCAUCUCGAGCCAUUGCAAGAUCCAAAUCGGCGGUCAUGAGCUCGGGGGCCACCCCGCGGCUGCGCACGCUCCAGCGACAUCUGGGGUCCCUGGAGGGCAGAGGCAUGGAGCCAGUCAGCAGCCCUCUGACCACACAUGUGCUGGACACGGCCUCGGGGCUCCCAGCCCAGGGCCUCUGCCUCUGGCUGUCCAGGCUUGAGGACCAUGGGCAGCAGUGGACUGAGCUGAGGAAAAGCUACACCAACCCUGACGGCCGCUGCCCGGGGCUCCUGCUACCAGGCCAGAUGAAGGCGGGCACCUACAAGCUGACCUUCGACACCGAGGGCUACUGGAAGCAAAGGGGGCAGGACAGCUUCUACCCUUACGUGGAGGUCGUUUUCACCAUCACAGACGAGACCCACAAGUUCCACGUCCCCCUGCUGCUGAGCCCCUGGUCCUACACCACCUACCGAGGGAGCUGAGCGCUGCGGCCCCUGCGGCCACCCCCACCCUCCACGGUGGGCUCCGGGCUCCUGCGGGGACCUCUCGGGCCCCACUUCCUGAGGGAGGUUCUGGCCGCACCAUGUCACCAGUGUCAGCUGAGACUCACACAACAAUAAAGUUGGCGUGGGACCUGA